AGUAGAUCCAAAUCUAUCCAGGUUUUGAGUUGAUAUUACAAAGGUGCAAACAGUAAUUUUCUUUUCUUCAUUAUUUUAUUUUGUAUAUAUCAAAAUCAUAGCUGUUAUUCUUAAAUAUCGGGAGGGGGAGCGCCUGAGCUGAGCUCACACAGCUGUAAACCGUUCUGUUUUCUUAUUGGCGUGUGAUUGGCAACAACAGCAGCCCCCUGGUCUGCUGCUUAAUCAAAAGUGAAAGCUGCUUGAGUUGAAAUUGAAAUUAAAUUUGAGAAAUGGCGACGUUGACAGAAUGGCAGUUACCGUACAGAAUAUUAGGGGCAGAGGAAGAAGAAGAAAGCUCAUCAUCAACGACAUCGGAUCCAACGGACGCAGUGGCAUUCGUGGGGCUGUGUUUGGUGUUAGGAAUCGCUUGCAGGCAUCUGUUGCGUGGUACCAGAGUACCCUACACUGUCGCUUUGCUCAUCCUUGGCGUUGCCCUCGGUUCCAUAGAAUAUGGUACACAUCAUCAACUGGGGAAGAUUGGGGAAGGCAUUCGAAUUUGGGCAAAUAUUGAUCCUGACCUUCUAUUGGCUGUUUUUCUUCCCGCCCUUCUUUUUGAGAGUUCGUUUUCUAUGGAAGUGCACCAAAUAAAGAGGUGUAUGGUACAAAUGAUUAUACUGGCUGGUCCGGGUGUUCUAAUAUCAACUUUCUGUCUCGGAUCUGCUUUGAAGCUCACUUUCCCUUAUGGCUGGAGUUGGAAAACAUCAUUGUUGCUUGGGGGGCUUCUCAGCGCUACUGAUCCUGUGGCUGUUGUUGCACUAUUAAAAGAGCUUGGUGCAAGCAAAAAACUGAGUACAAUAAUUGAGGGAGAAUCCUUGAUGAAUGAUGGGACAGCAAUUGUGGUUUAUCAGCUAUUUUAUCAAAUGGUUCUUGGAAAAAGCUAUGACUGGGCGGAAAUAAUUAAAUUUCUAUCUCAAGUCUCACUUGGAGCUGUAGGCAUUGGUCUUGCUUAUGGUAUAGUAUCUGUCCUCUGGCUCGGGUUCAUUUUCAAUGACACUGUGAUAGAGAUCACACUAACACUUGCUGUCAGCUACGUUGCUUACUUCACUGCUCAAGAGGGUGUUGAAGUGUCUGGUGUCUUGACAGUGAUGACUUUAGGAAUGUUUUAUGCUGCGGUUGCGAGGACAGCUUUUAAGGGUGAAAGCCAACAAAGCUUACAUCAUUUCUGGGAAAUGGUUGCUUAUAUUGCUAAUACCUUAAUUUUCAUCUUAAGUGGAGUCGUUAUAGCUGAAGGAGUUCUUAGCGGUGAAAAUAUUCUUGAUAAUGGAUAUUCUUGGGCCUAUCUCAUUCUUCUUUAUGUUUAUGUACAAGUUUCCCGGUUCAUAGUUGUUGGAGUGUCGUUUCCCUUACUUCGGUAUUUUGGCUAUGGUUUGGAUUGGAAAGAGGCUAUAAUCCUUAUAUGGUCAGGUCUGAGAGGGGCUGUAGCAUUGUCACUCUCACUGUCAGUCAAGCGUACUAGUGACAGCUCUUCGCUUCUCAGUUCUGACACAGGAUUCUUGUUUGUUUUCUUCACUAGUGGAAUCGUCUUCUUGACACUAAUUGUGAAUGGUUCAACCACGCAAUUUGUUUUACGCCUUCUAGAUAUGGACAAGCUAUCAGCAGCUAAGAGGCGUGUACUGGAGUACACAAAAUAUGAAAUGUUGAACAAAGCAUUAGAGGCUUUUGGUGAUCUUGGAGAUGAUGAGGAAUUGGGACCGGCUGACUGGCCCACAGUGAAAAGAUAUAUUGCAAGCUUAAAUGAUGUUGAUAGCGAUAGUAAUCUGGAUCUUACAAAUUUGAAGGAUAUACGCGAACGUCUUUUGAAUGGAGUACAAGCUGCUUACUGGAGCAUGCUUGAUGAGGGAAGGAUUACACAAUCUACUGCAAAUAUUUUGAUGCAAUCAGUAGAUGAAGCAAUUGACUUGGUUUCAGAUGAGCCUCUGUGUGACUGGAAAGGUUUAAAAGCUCAUGUUCAUUUCCCGAAUUACUACAAGUUCCUUCAAACAAGCAUCUGCCCACAGAAGUUGGUAACCUAUUUCACUGUGCAAAGGCUGGAAUCUGCAUGUUACAUUUGUGCUUCCUUUCUUCGUGCCCAUAGAAUUGCAAGGCAGCAACUUCAUGACUUUAUAGGUGAUAGUGAAGUCAUUAAUGAAAGUGAGGCAGAAGGAGAAGAAGCAAAAAAUUUUCUGGAAGAUGUUCGUGUCACAUUUCCUCAGGUUUUACGUGUUGUGAAAACAAGACAAGUGACAUACUCAGUUCUAAACCAUUUAAUUGAUUAUCUCCAAAACCUUGAGAAGGUUGGCCUAUUGGAAGAAAAAGAGAUGCUUCAUCUUCAUGAUGCCGUCCAGACUGACUUGAAAAAGCUUCUAAGGAAUCCCCCGUUAGUAAAGAUUCCCAAAAUAAAUGAUUUGAUUAGUCUCCAUCCUCUAAUGGGGGCUCUUCCUUCUUCAGUUCGUGAACCACUUGAAGGUUCUACUAAGGAAACAAUGAAAUUGCGUGGGGUGACACUUUACAGGGAGGGCUCCAAGCCUACUGGUAUUUGGCUUCUUUCCACUGGGGUAGUCAAGUGGAUAAGUAAGAGCAUAAAAAACAAGCACUCGCUGCAUCCAACUUUUACUCAUGGGAGUACUUUGGGACUAUAUGAAGUGCUAACCGGAAAGCCCUACAUUUGUGACAUGAUCACAGAUUCUGUGGUUCUCUGCUUUUGCAUUGAAACUCACAAGAUACUUUCAGUGCUUCGGUCAGAUCCCUUAGUAGAAGACUUCCUCUGGCAGGAAAGUGCCAUUGCUCUUGUGAAACUUUUCCUUCCACAAAUAUUUGAGAAAAUGGCAAUGCAAGAUUUGAGAGCUCUUGUUGCAGAAAGGUCAAUGAUGACCAUUUACAUAAGAGGAGAAUCUUUUGAAAUUCCUCACCAUUCCAUUGGGUUUCUAUUAGAAGGUUUUGUUAAAACCCAAGGUGUCCAAGAAGAACUGAUCACAUCACCUGCACCUCUGCUGCCCGCACAUGGUUACCAAAGCUUCCCAAAUCUGGCAGCAUCAGGCACCAAGGGAGCCAGUUUUUCUCAUCGAGGAUCCAGUUAUCUUGUUGAAACAAGAUCAAGAGUGAUUAUAUUCGACAUUGCAGCAUUUGAAUCUGACAGAACUCUAAUUAGAGGGCCAUCCUCAUUUGUAUCACCUGUAGUUGAUCACCCCCAUAGAUCUCCUAGCGGAGAACAUAGUGGUUUUAUGAGUUGGCCUGAACAUUUCCAAAAGGCAAACCCUGAAGGGAUUGACCAGCAAGCUAAUAGCUUGUCAGCAAGGGCAAUGCAGUUGAGCAUUUAUGGCAGCAUGGAGAAUCUCCGGCGGCCCACCAGAAGUUUUCCAAGAAGCGGUCGCAUUAAGCCAUUACACACCGUGUCAUAUCCAAGUGUUCCAGCAUAUCAGGGCCCUCCACAUAAUGUCUCAUAUCCGAGUGUUCCAUCAUAUCAUGACCGUCCGCUUGUUUCUGUCAGAUCGGAAGGGGCUACAACUGUCAGAAAGAACCUUGAAGUGAGAAAAUUCACUGGAAAAAUGAGUCCUCCAGAACCAGGGGAGCAAAGUAGAGACCCUCAUAAGAGUCGUGUGGUAGUGGAAGAUUAUUCCAGUGAUGAAUCAGGUGGUGAGGAUGAUGUAAUAGUGAAAAUUGAUUCACCAAGUAGGCUCUCUUUCCGCCAUGCUCCUUGAGCUUGAAUUGAUUAUUGAACAUCCCAAAAGUCGACGAUUCUAAUUUAUUAUAUCAUGGGAGACAACUUGGCCCAACCUCACAUUCUAGCAACCGAGACUAAUCAUAAAGGGGCGGUUUUGGGAAGGACCAAAACUACGGAGCCAACUGGUUUCACACCGGGGGAACAACAUCCGGAGCAACGACCCCAACAGUUUGGAAGAUAUCUUGAGAAAAUAUUUCUAUCAAGUGAUUGUAAUUUCUCUCUUGUUAUUCUAUCAAAAUCGUUUCUAUUUCUGAGCAUGAACAAGUAGUAUAAAAAUCGACUUGGGCCUUCAAAAUUGUUA